UCAGCCAUGCUUUUUUACAAUUUCAUCGUAAUUACAGACACAACAUUCCGAUAUCACGUUAUCAUUCAAAUUUGUGAAAUUGUUGCGACGGUUGCUAAAAUUUUCCAUCAAUUUACUGCAUGACACGAAUUCGGCUCUUUUGCAAGGAUGGUUUUCUAUUUCACCAAUAACGCUGUUACCCCGCCGGCCACGUACUUCAUGGGCAAAGAUAAAUACGAAAACGAAGAUUUAAUAAAAUGGGGUUGGCCGGAAGAUGUGUGGUUUCAUGUUGAUAAACUAUCCUCGGCUCACGUUUACCUUAGACUGAAUCCCGGUCAAACUAUAAAAGAUGUGCCACAACAAGUAAUUAACGAUGCUUGUCAACUAGUCAAAGCUAACAGUAUCCAAGGCCAUAAGCUAAGCGAAGUUGACGUUGUUUACACAAUGUGGGCGAAUUUGAAAAAAACACCCGGCAUGGAAGUCGGUCAAGUCUCCUUUUUCAACGAUAACGAGGUUUAUAAAGUAAAAGUAGAGAAACAAAAUCCAGUCGUGAACAGAUUAGAAAAGACGAAAAAAGAAGAACAACCUAAUCUACGCGAACAACGUGAAAGGCGAGACGCCGAAGAACGUGCCGAAAAGAAACAGCAACUAAGAGAGCAAAAAGAACGAGAAAAGGCUGACGAAAGAAAAAAGAAGGAGGAAGCCGAACUCAGGAGUUAUUCUUCGUUGAUGAAAUCCGAAAACAUGAAAGAUAAUCAAAGCGGUUACGAUUCCGAUGAAUUUUGGUGAUAUUACGAAACUAAAUAAUAUAAUACGGGGGAUACCUUUUUUUUUUGAUAUUUUUUUAUCAUUUUUUUCUCUUUUCUACCUAUACAAACUUCCUAUAAUUUAUAAUACCUGUUUUGCAAUAAAUAUAUUUGAAAAUCUG